AUGCAGCCCCUUCGCGCCCCCCUCGCCCUGCUCUGCCAGGUGCUGGGCGCCUGGGCUGCUUGCGCCCUGGCCCCCGCCGCGGCUGCCGGGCUGCCCGCGCCACCGCAGCGCGCCCGCUGGCCGCCAGCCCCGACGGCCCUCGCCCCGGGCGGGCGGGCAGCCGCGGCUCUCCCCGGGCGCGGAGCGCUCCCCCAUGGGGCGGACGCUGUGGCCGGGGGAGCGGUGGUGUCGGACGGCAGCUGCGCGCCCCGCGGGGCGGCGGGGGCCGGGCGGCGGCGGGCGCGGAGCAGCGAGCGCGCAGCCGGCGCGGCGGCGGGGAGGGGCGCGGCGGGCGGACCCCGCUGGCUGCCCCUGAACGGCUCCGCUGGCGGCGAGGGCAGCGUCGGGGGCCGCGGCAACGGCACGGGUCGCCGCGCCCGCCUCCGCAACCCCUUCUACCCGCUGACCAAGGAGUCGUACGGCGCCUACGCCGUCAUGUGCCUCUCCGUGGUGAUCUUCGGCAUCGGUAUCAUGGGCAACAUGGCAGUGAUGUGCAUCGUCUGCCACAACUACUACAUGCGGAGCAUCUCCAAUUCCCUGCUGGCCAACCUGGCUUUCUGGGACUUCCUCAUCGUCUUCUUCUGCCUGCCGCUCGUCAUCUUCCAGGAGCUCACCAAGAAGUGGCUCCUAGAAGACUUCUCCUGCAAAAUCGUCCCGUACAUCGAGGUGGCCUCCCUCGGAGUCACCACAUUCACACUAUGUGCCCUCUGCAUCGACCGUUUCCGUGCCGCAACCAACGUGCAGAUGUAUUACGAGAUGAUCGAGAACUGCACCUCGACGACAGCCAAGCUGGCCGUUAUCUGGGUGGGCGCGCUGCUGCUGGCCCUGCCGGAGGUCGUGCUGCGCCAGCUGGCCAAGGAGGACCCGGAAUACAGCGGCAGCCUGCCCGGAGAGCGCUGCGUGGUGAAGAUCUCCACUGCGCUUCCUGACACCAUCUACGUGUUGGCUCUCACUUACGAUGGGGCAAGACUCUGGUGGUACUUUGGCUGCUACUUCUGCUUGCCUACCCUUUUUACUAUUACCUGCUCCCUGGUAACUGCAAGGAAAAUCAGGAGGGCGGAAAAGGCUUGCACGAGGGGGAACAAGCGACAAAUUCAGCUGGAAAGCCAGAUGAACUGCACAGUGGUGGCUUUGACCAUUUUAUAUGGGUUUUGCAUCAUUCCUGAAAAUAUUUGCAAUAUUGUGACUGCCUACAUGUCCACAGGGGUCUCUCGGCAGACUAUGGACCUCCUUCAUCUCAUUAGUCAGUUUCUUUUGUUCUUUAAGUCCUGUGUUACCCCAGUUCUCCUUUUCUGUCUCUGUAAACCUUUCAGCCGGGCCUUUAUGGAAUGCUGCUGUUGCUGCUGUGAUGAAUGCAUCCAGAAGUCUUCAACAGUGACAAGUGAUGACAAUGACAAUGAGUACACCACAGAACUGGAACUCUCCCCUUUCAGUACCAUCCGUCGUGAAAUGUCCACUUUUGCCUCUGUGGGGACUCAUUGUUAAUUGUCCUUAUGAGUUUAUUUCCUGUAUCUUUUUCCUUUUAUUUUUUUUUAAUUUCAUAUGUUUCUUCUUGAAGCAAAAUGCAAGAAAAAAAAAAUAUGAAAACUACUUUGGAAACCAAUCUGCAUAUUAACAGUCAUGCUCUGGAAAAUAAUUUGCUUGGUUAUUAAGAUGAAAGAGAGAAGGAGAGCCAGCACUCAGUUUUAAAUCAUAUUUUGUAUGGUGCUAGGAUUUUAUUGUUGGGGGAGGAAAAUCCAUAUCAAUCCACUUUUAUUUAAUUCCAUAGUAUUUUUUUUGAUAAUCACUGUAAAACAAUUAUAUAGGCAUUGUUGGGUUUGCAAGAUGUUUCCUGUAAAAGAUGUGGUCGAAAGUAUUUGAAGGUAGUUUUAAUCUAAUUACUGUGAGUUAUUGUGAGAGGACUCGGACUUCAGAAAAUUUAUAAAGUAGCAUAAAAAUAAAUGAAGUUUUAUUCUCCAACUUCAUUGUCAAUCUGCAUUUAACAAGGACACCUCUAAGUAGUAUUAAAUUUCUUUAAUAAGUAAAAAACAAGUCUUUGCAUAAAAUAACUUAAAUGGCCGUAUUUAAUUUGCCAUUUCUGUACUUACCCUUGGAGUAUAUAAUUACGGUAUUUAAGGAAGAAGGUCACAAUGUCAUUAGACUUACAUGAGUGGGUUUUUUUAAUGUAUAUUACAAAAGUUCAAUGUGCCUCAUUGAAAAUUUCCUUCUUAACCUGCUGAUAUACAAAAUCUGAGUUAUUUUGUACUUCUUAAAAAAAAAGAUUUGGUUUCUCACUAAAUUUUGUCUUGUGUGGUUUUAAAAUCAAGUUUCUUUGCAUUUUCUUGUUUCACAUUGAGAUUAUGACUUCAGUCUCUGUAUGUACAGCUCCUACUGGCUUCAGCGAGAGUCCCAUUGCAGAGGAAGGCAUUUUUUAGCCAGAGGUUUGCUGACAAUAAAUGUGAGGGACUGAAGCAUGGAGAGUGAAUUCCUUGUUUUUUAAAAGGUAUAAACACACUUGGACGCUUGGGGCUUGACCCAGAGCCUAUUGCAGUCAAUGGAAAGGUUUCCAUCAACUUCAGAGAGCUUUGGAUCAGACUGGCAUCUCCUAUUUAUUCUGGGAUGUGUAGCAUGAAUAUUAAUCACAGGGGCUCUGUAUACUGCUUAUAAAUCAUGCUGCUCUCACAGAGACUGCUAUUCAGUAGCAGCUUGCAGCUCUAAAGCUGUUUUUGAGAGCCAGAGUGUGUUUUCCUGAUGGCUUCUUGCUGUCCACAGAGUUAUUAAAAUGAGGGUAUGUCAACACUGUCAGCUACAGUGAGAUACAGUAAAAUCUAAAGUUGUUACAGGCAAGCCAGGUGGGAGACUAGAAAGAGCCUGUCUGUACCAGCAGAGCUUAUUUGCCCCACUUCUGUAGACAGGCUCUUCUUGGCAGGCAAGCUGGCUCAUAUUUACACUGGGCAGCAGGCUGAAGUGUAGGCACAUGCUAAGGAACUGAAUUUUUUAUAAUUAAGUUAUAUUUUAAUACUAAUUGAAUAAAUAAUACAAUUGCAAUAGUAUGUGCAGAAGUAAAAUCCAAUGCGUUUGUCCUUUGAAAUUAACAUUGACUGUAACUGAUAUAGUCUUAUUCUCUAAAUAUGUAAAAGAACAUAUUCUCUAAAUAUGUUAAAGAACUUGUAACUUCUGAAAAGGAGUCUAUUUUUUAUUUGUAGAUUCUGGAUUUAAAACGUUUAAUCUUUGUUUCUGCUUGGGCAAGCAGUAUUUAUUCUUUUUUCUUUAUCAUUUUAACCUAUAACAAUUUCAACUGAAAAGCAGCUGACAUUAUUUAAUCUGAAUAUGAAUUCAAAUAUAUAUAUAUUCAUUUGAGUUCUUUUUUCUCAUUUUUAAUUCAAACAUUGGGCCCUAGCAAAGCAAUCUGCUUUAACCACAGGCCUAAACUUAAAUAUGUGUUUCUGUUUAGGAUUUGCUAAAGAACCUAAUUUUUUAAAAACCAGUUUGUAAGACGGUCAGUCACUUUUGAAGACAGGGAAACUGUCCCCUUUUACACCCUUCAUUGACUUCACAUUGCUUGAUUACAUUCAAUAAACUAGGAAAGGUAUUAAAGAGAAAACAUUAAAAAAAAAU